UGAGAUUUCUAUCAAUUUUGUUAAAAAUGACUUUAUGUCUAAAUAUAAAAAAAUACAUGUGCUUGUAUUACUAUAUUUGACGGUACAGAUUGCAAAAGCGUAUGAACUAAAAGAAGCGAAUAUUAAAGUGUAUUGCAGUGAAUAUGUGCCCUACGGAAAGCGUACUAAUAUAGUCAUAGCCAUGGAGAGUCUUCCUGUUAAGUAUAAAGUAACCAUAUGGCUCAGUACUCCCAGCUACCUAUUGGCACUCUUUGAGUUGGGAGGUGUAGCUAAAGAAAUGGGUCCCAGCUUCCGAAGCACCUCAUCAAUCAGCGAAGAGCUUUCAUACUAUGGAAUCAAGUCGAAAAUUGAACCCGAUUAUGAACAGGGAUUCUUUGCCAAUUUAAGCGCAACUUUUUGGUCGGUCAGCGAUACGGUUCUAACGCUUCUUGGUCGAAUAAAAUUAAAGCAAAUAUCUGAGAUCAAAAUAUCCAUUCCCGUUGAAGUAAGUCUUCCCCCGCGUUGUUCUCCGCAAUUGACAGUGCCUAAGUGCUCAGAUCCCCAAUCACCACGAAGAGUUCUGAUCACUCGUGGCAUUUUAAUCAAUGCCAUAUUUCUGGAAUCCUGUAACCUACCAAUAAAGGCUAUAUAUCACUGGAGUCUAAGAGAUUUUGUUGGGUUAAUUUGCCUCAUAUACCACAGAUGGUCCUUUCAUUAAUAUUCCGGCAUUUACUAUGCGGUUUCCCACUUCCUAUGAACCCUGGCGAAAUUUGUAUCUUUUACAAGUCGAAGGAAAGGUGAAUGGCUUGCAUUUCGCGGCGCGAUGUUACCUAAAAUCGAUUAUGGGUAAUGUCGAAGCCGUAAUUCUUGGGGGUCAAAAUAGACUGGCCCGACAGAGUGAAACGAUUUGGAUGAACGGCUCCCUGAGCUGCGAUUUCUCUAAGAGGAGAGGAGACAUCCAGUUCUCUAGUUACAAUUGGAACUGUUUUUCUGUUGAUGACAUUCGUAAUCCAUUUUGCCAGCGGAACAUAUCGUCGGUUGCGGUGUUUUCUAUUCCAGCCAACUCUUUUAAAAGUGGCUGCAAAUAUAUCUUCCGUUUGCAAGUCUCUAGAGAUGGCAAUCCCAAUGUUUCGUCACGAAAAGUUCAAGGUAUUACCGUCAUAGAUCAUAAAAUACUACAAGUAACGAUAGAAUGUGUAAGGAAUUGCAGAAACGAUUUCUUUACUCCCAGCGCAAAGAUUCACCUAACAUCAAGGUGCUCCAAUUGCGGGGGUGAACUUGUCAGAUACAAAUGGUAUAUUGAUGGUCAGCUGUUGGUCACUAGUCGAGAUCUAAGAAUGUACAUACGCUCUGCAUCAAAAGGAAUCCGCAUUAAGCUCAUUGUUUUUUCAAAGUAUGGGAUCUAUGGCCGGAAGGUAAAAAACCUGGUUAGAAAUACGGGUCCCAGAGGCGGGUUGUGUUCGGUUUAUCCAAGGCAAGGUUACGAGGCAAUCACUCCAUUUUAUCCGUGCUGCCAAAACUUUGUGUCCCUGAAUGGUCCCAAAGAGUAUUGGUAUUUUGCUGGGUCAGUUCUGCUGGGAAGUUGUGUGGACUGCAACUGCGAGGUAUACUUACCUGUUACCAGCUCCAUAAAGGUGCUCGUUUGUGAUGUAGCUUGGGCAUGUCGCACCACUUGGAUUAAGGUUAAGAUCAAUCCCCUGAGAAGUAUUCCCAACAAUAUCCAUGGUCUGCUGGAUAAUGGACUAAUUGAUCGGUAUUUGCAAACCAUUCAAUCUUCAGCAUCGCACAUAACUAAAGCGGAAUCUGGAAUAAUUCUUACCAGGAAUCUAACAAAUAUUCCUUUCCAGUCGCGGAGUUCACUCGCAAGGUUGGCUAACCUCACCUUAACUUUGUCACAUCGGUUAUAUUUUGUCGGUCAGCAAAAGGAAUCUCUACUUACGAUGUUGGUCAAGAUAAUUAAUGACAACUUUGAGCAAAUAAACAAGAACGAAGAAGAAACCUUUAUUAUGCAAAAGCCAUUUGAUAACUUAAGACAAGCUUGCAGAGAGGUCUAUGAAAUAAUAGAGAGGUUGUGCAAAAUGUCUCCUCGUCCCCCAUGGUCAGUUUACAGUCACUACUAUCGGGCAUUUUCAACUGGAAAAUUGGAUCAGUCCCUUGUUGAAAAAUUGGUGGAUGAGACCAAAAAACUUGGAAACGAUGAAACAAAUAUUCCGUGGAUUAUUUGGCUGAACUCCACUUGGGAAAUGGAGCGCCUAUAUCGUCAUUUAAACUAUCAUCGCGGUAUUCUAUCCGAUAUGGGUGGCCAGAGGAAGGCAUUGCCCAGCGAAGUUGCAAUGGAUGUUCAAUGUUUCAAUACUUUUCCCAAGAAAAUCGUUCGAGUACUUACAAGUGAUAAGAUUCAUAUGGUAUUUUUUGGGCAAGCAGUUUUGAAGGAAGUUCUGGGAACGGAUGAGGGCAGAGUAUGCCUCAAGCUGGUUUCUAUCAAACUGAAACUGAACUGGUGGUACCCAAUUUACAAGAAGCCCAGUACACUUGUACUUUCAGUUCGAAUUUUUCAAAGAGAAGAUAAUUUCACGGUGCAUAUACCACUGAAUCGGAGUCAAAUUCACACGAAGACUUUUAUAACCUAUGACCCCGAAUUGGCAACCGAGAACAGGAAUAGUUCUCGAUCAAUCAGCAGCAGGGUCUCCCCAAGAUCGAUCCUCCUUUCCACGGCCGAGAUAAAAAACUGCCUUAGAGAAGGCACUCUUCAAACUCAUCAGGAUAUCCGUAUGUACCGCUUGGUCCUAAUGGAGCAUACAUUGCUGGCUGUUCAUUUCACCACAUCCACUCACAAACUUCAGGUGGUCCUUAGAACAAAGAAAAAGCCCUCCUUCCGCGAAAUCUCCGACUCCAAGUGCACAAUCCCUGCAUUAUCGACGAAUACAACCCUUCUUCUGCGAAAUAACUGCCGCAAAGCUGAUCGAGCAUAUAUUGCACUGAGAGUUUAUGCUAAUUCCUCCAUAAGCCAGACCGACAAUACACCCAUAGAGAACGGACCGGCAAGAUAUGCUUUUGUUUUUCAGAUUCGUAGCUGUGACACAUGGUGGUAUUCCUCCUCUGGUUUGGAUAAUCAGAAGUGGUCUCAUUAUGGGUGCUACCCCACGAUGGAUCUCAGCGUGGAGAAGGGUAUUCGUUGCACCUGUACUAUCCUGGGAACUUAUACUAAUUACUUGCACUAUCUUCCUGGUGUGGAGCUUCCCGUUGGAGUUUUCAAUGUAGCAAAGCUAAAUGUUAUAGUUAUACUUUUCUAUGUCACCAUCUUUUCAUUUAUACUGCUAUGGAUUCUAUGGUUAUAUGUAUACCGAAAUAGACUUCCAAGUAAGACUAUUCUAUUUCCUAAGUUCGAACUGGACGACGAAUCAACGGGAGAGUUGCAUAAUGUUCUAAUCUCCUUAAGGACCGGAGGUCGUAUAAAUGCUGGAACCACAGCUUCUGUGCACUUGUCUUUCCAUGGCCAAUCACAACCCGUCCGGCAUAUAACAAUCAUGCAGGAUCCCGAACAUAUAAUUCUGAAGUCUAAUAGCACACUGUAUAUUUGGGUACGAACUCGAGAUAUCCGCAUCCCAACUACGAUUAUGGUUUCCCACAACAACGCCGGACGAUUUCCAAAAUGGUUCCUUCGCCGCAUCGAGUUGACCGACAUCCAGACAGGUAAAACGCAGGUGUUUUUAGCCCGACAAUGGGUGGAGAAAAGAACGCUACUGUUGUCUUCAUCGCUGAUCUAUAGCCAAGGAGAUGUACGAAUGUUUGACCGUUGGAAGAAUCGAUUUAUAAUGAGCUUCGAGAUGUUAUGGAUCAAUUGGUCCUUGUGGCAACCUGUGACUGGCAGUUGGAGGGAGUCCGUCAAGUAUCCACGUAUGUCUCGAGCCAAAAGAAUUUGCGAGUUCAUCAGUAAACUGCUUAUCAAUUUCACCAUAUGCGUCGUUUUCUUUGGCGUUACAACAUCCGAAAACUUGAAUUUAAAUCGAUCUACGUUUUUGCAGUACAAGGAUAUUAUAAUACUUACCAUGCUGUGCUCUUUUGUAAAUCUUAUGUUGCAAAUUAUGUUUGACUUGGUUAACUAUAGAUUCGGUUAAGAUGGCUUUGUUAAUAAAAUCAAUAAUGUAUUUUAG